UCAGCUCGGCUUUCGCUCUUUCUCGGUUUCAGAACGUCUGGAUACAAAGUAACUGAGAAAACCCGCCUGAAAAGAGUGAGGAACAGCUGAAGAACAGCUGAGGAACAGCUGAACAGCCCGGGACUGUUCCCUGGAGGGGUUAGAUGAAUGUUUGGGAGUGCCAAAAAAUAUAGAACACAUAAAAAAAAACAAAAAAAAAAAACACAGAGCAGCGCGAGAUGGGCACGGGGAAGUCCCGCAGGAAAUCCCCGCGUGGCGCACAUCAUUUCCUCCAAACUGACAGCUCUGACCUUCUGUCUCACAGACCUGCCUGUCUGCCUGACUGAGAGCGAGCGAGAGAGAGACCUCCGGCUCGAGCGCACCGCGCGCAAAGACCCCCAGAGCGAGGGGCACCUUCUCUUCCACCAGACCCUCAAACUCCAGGACCCUCCAGACCUAUACACACACCACACACACAUACACACACACACAACCAUGGAUCUCCACACCAAGAAGCAGGAGGAUCACCCCAAACUGCGCAGCUGCUCCACCAUCAACACCUUCUACCACGAGACCCAGCAGGAACUGGCCAGACUGGGCCAGACCAUCCUCUCCAAAGACGGGCAGAUCGCCGAGCUGAAGGCCAGGCUGGCCCGGCACGAGAGGACCACCGUGGGCCCCGUGGAGGGGGAGGACCUGGUGGGACCCUCCAGAUCUCUGGUGGGCAGCCUGUGUAAAGAAAUCCACAAAUUAAAGCAGAAGCUGAAGGACCAGGAGCUGGACGCAGCGCAGAAUCUGGAUUCCAGCAAACGAGAGAUCCAGGUUCUGCAGCAGAAGCUGAGGGAGAAGGAGCAGGAGCUGGAGAGCGUCCGGCAGCGACCCGAGCACCAAAAGGACCAGGAGAUCCAGCACCUGCACUCCAUCCUGGCCGAGAGGGACCGGACCCAGGCCACCAAGAACGUGCUGUACAGCUCGCUGGUGGCGGAGGCGGAGGAGCUGAGGGUGCAGCUGGGGGCCACGGUACGAGUGUGCCAGGAUCUACUGGGGAGACUGGAGAAGGAGAAGAGCCGGACCACCAACACUGAGCACAGGGGCAGUGAGAUGAUGGAUGGCUCUGAGGUCGCUCAUCUGAACAGCCUGGUCAACAGAUUAAAGGAGGAGAAUCAGCAGCUGAAAAAUAGAGUGGCAUAUGUGGAGAAUCUGAACUCACGGUGGCAGAAGUAUGAUGUGAGUAGGGAGGAGUAUGUGAGGGGACUGUGUCAGAAGCUGAAGGAGUCUACGGGCAUGGCGGCACCGGGCGGCACGGCUCUGUAUCAGCAGGAGAUCGGGCGGCUGAACAGACUGCUGGAGGAGAAGAUGCUGGAGUGUGAGAGACUGAGCCGAGAGAGAGACAGCGGCUCACUCAGAGACCGGGAACGCAUCCAGAUGCUGGAACAGCAGGUCGAAGCUUAUAUCGAAGACUUCAAGUCUGAGAGAGCCGACAGGGAAAGAGCUCAGGAUAAAAUCCUGAACCUCGAGGAGGGGGUGACGCGUCUGAAGCUCCAAAUCCACGCCCAGCACGUCAAAGAACCCCAGCCAACACGGCGGCUCCCCAUCAGCCUGAAGAAACCGUCCCGCAAACAGACAGAAACGGCCGAGCCUCUGCUGAGAAACAGUCCUCCAGAGUCCAGCGCAAAACGGACUAUCGGACAGUCGCUGGCGCAGGAUCCCACCGACCUCAUGUGUCCGCGGUGCAUGGCCGUAUACGACGAGAAAAACACGGACGAAUACUUUAACCACUGCACUGACUGUGCUAAACUGUGAACUCUGAACGGACUUACUCUUCAAACUGAAUGCACUACAGGAGCACGUGGAGGCACGGUGGAACCACGGCCUUCCUGAAGGUAGAGGACGAGGUAUGUCUGCUACUGGUGAUGCUGAUGGACAUUAAACUCUGGGAGUGGUUGAUUACCCUGCGUUUACACUGGCAGGAGACAAGGCGACAAGGCGGCAAGCGAACAAUCGUUUCCUGUGGGAGUACGUGAUUUGUGGGAGUGCUGCUAUUUGGCGACUAGUGGCAAACGACACAACGGCAGACUGACAAACGAGACAUCGAGAAUCUAGCUGCGUUCCAAAGUCUAGACUGGAGGAUCAGUCUUCGUAUACACACAGAAAUGCAGCCAAACUUCUGAUGAAUCAGCGGACGCAGCUGAGGUAUCCUUCCCAUUUACUGUGGACGUACAGCAUGAAUGGAAAAAAAAUAUAUAAAAAACUGUUUAUUAUUCUAGUUUAUGAAUGAAACAAGCACAUUAAUUUGGUAUCACAAAGUCACCACAUGAUGUUCACGCCAGAAUGUCACCAAAAUGCCUCGUUAGACUGUUCCAUAUGCAUGAACAACAGAAAACAAACCUCAGCAACAGCCCAGACUUUGAAACUGUUUAGAUUUUAAAUUAUGCCUUGAUAAAGUGACUUGUGAAUCAAUGAAUUUGCUUGAUCAAUCAUAGAUAUAGCAGUCUAAGGUUUCCAGCUUCUAAUCUCUAAACAUUUGAUUCUCCCAGCACUAUGGUUCUCAACCUGAAAAAAAGCAUACCUACAUAUUGUUGCUGUCCAAUGAAAAACAUGCAUCUCCAAAACCUCAACUUUACAGGAGAUAAAUAAAACUUCCUUAACUUUUAAUGGAAGUCAAUGUAAAAAGAGUUUUUCUUCAGGUGAUUUUGGAGAAUUUUCUAUUUUCUACUUCCAUUCAUUAAGUAAUUUUGACACAUUGUUAGGGACAGCUUGUGUGUUCAAAUUAUGUAGAAAACUAAAAAGCGUCACAAAUGAAGAUACUGUCCUCCGAGUGGUCCAGUGGGCUAAGUGCUGCCAUCCAGAUCCUGUUCAUGGAGCUUGCCUUCGGCUGCCGGAGCCCUGAGAGAGCACAAUUGGCCUACAGUAGAUGGUGCUUUUUUCAAUCAUCACUUCUAGGGUGAUGUGGAUCAGCACAAAGGUGCGCCUGUGAGCUGGUGUAUCAGAACCGAGUCGCUGCGCUUUCCUCCGAGCAGUUUAACAAGAGGCGGAAUCUAACUUUAAAUGUGUCGGAGGGCUUUUUAAUGAGUGGGUUGGGUAAUUGG